AUGAAUCUGAGUAAAGCCGAGAAGCCUCGGCAAACAAUUGACGAGAAUCUACAUGACCAGCCGGGCGACGAUGGCGAAGCAGCAACAUCACCGCCCAAGUCAGCCCCCCCUUAUUCCAUCUUCACGACAUGGCAGAAGCGCGCCAUGGUUCUCGCGGCUGCUGUCACAGCCUUCUUCUCGCCGCUGACGGCGCAAAUCUACCUUCCUGCCUUGACGGCCAUUGCCAAGGACCUGGACGUGACGAGCUCCCAGGUCAACCUGACAAUCACGACGUACAUGAUUUUCCAAGGCAUCACGCCCAUGUUCAUUGGCUCCCUGGCAGAUAGCGGCGGCCGACGUCCAGCGUAUCUGAUCUGCUUCGUCAUCUACAUUGCCGCCAACAUCGGCCUCGCCUUGGCCCCCAACUACGGCGCUCUUCUGGGCCUGAGGUGUCUGCAGUCUGCUGGAUCGAGUAGCACCGUCGCCCUCUGCACCGCUGUCGUUGCUGAUAUAGUCACCUCGGCCGAGCGUGGGCAGUACAUUGGCUUUACCGUCAUCCCAGCCGUUCUCGCCCCUGCUCUCGGCCCUGUGGUUGGAGGUCUGCUCUCCGAGUUCCUCGGCUGGCGGUCCAUUUUCUGGUUUCUGGCCAUCCUUGCUGGGGUGACGAUCGUCUUGAUCAUCUUCUUCUUCCCGGAGACCUGCCGACACAUUGUGGGCGACGGGUCCCUCUACCCACCGCCCAUGUAUCGAUCCGUGUGGCAGAUACUAAGAAGCCGUCCCAGGACAGUCGUGCCAGGCCGAAGCCAUGGCGACUCAAGCACGCUUCGAAAAGAAAAGCAGUUCAAGUUCAAGCCACCAAACGUCUUGGGGUCUCUGUUUAUGCUUUUCGAAAAGGAGACGGCCCUGCUGUUGUGGACUGGCAGUAUAGUGUUCGCCGGGUUUUACUGUGUUGCCUCGGCUAUGCCCAUAUUAUUCUCGCACCGCUAUGGAUUCGACGAGAUCAAAGUCGGAUUGAUGUAUCUGCCACUGGCUGCCGGUUCCGUAGGCGCUGCCUCCCUCGUCGGUCCACUCAUCAACUGGAACUUCCGGCGGCAUUGUGCCAAGCUUGGCAUCCCGUGCGAUCGCAGCCGGCAGCAGGAUCUCUCUGGAUUCCCCGUUGAGCGGGCUCGGCUCGAAAUCGGGCUUCCACUGCUCGCUGUGGGCGGAGCGAGCCUCAUCGGCUGGGGUUGGGCGGUGAAUGCCACAGUGCACGUAGCCGUGCCAUGCGUGAUCAGCGUGAUUUUCGGAAUGGGCAUGAUUGGUUACAACAACACAACCAACGUUUUGCUGGUGGACUUGCAUCCUGGCAAGGCUGGGACGGCGACGGCUGCGAACAAUCUGACGCGGUGCCUCGUCGGUGCGGGAGCAAGCGCUGCAAUCGUACCCAUGAUGGAUGCCAUGGGUGUCGGAUGGUCCUUCACCCUUGUCGGCGGGCUCUAUCUGCUGUGUUUUGCCCCUCUGCUUGCCAUCAUGUCGCACGGCAUGCAGUGGCGAGCGGAGUUGGCAACGAAAGCGGAACUUGGCAAGUCCGAGAAGGAUCAGAAAGGGCAACGGACGGUUUGUCUUAACAGCUCAUGA